UGAAAAUCCGAUUGUGUCAUUAUUCGUUCGUAAAAAAAAUUGGAGGAAAGUUCGAUCCUCCCUUUCGCGUUCGAUUGUAUUUUGGUGUUUUUCGGUGCAAAAAUGGAUUAAAAUUGUGCAAAAAGUGCUGCAAAUUGUUCCGCAAGACUCGACCGGUGAGGAUAAGUGUGAUUGACACGAGGAAAGCAAUUCAAGAUGAUCGGCGGACUGUUUGUGUACAAUCACAAGGGAGAGGUGCUGAUCUCCCGUGUGUAUCGGGAUGACAUCGGACGGAAUGCGGUGGAUGCCUUUCGGGUCAAUGUUAUCCACGCGCGGCAGCAGGUCCGAUCGCCGGUGACCAACAUCGCCCGGACCAGCUUCUUCCAUAUUAAGCGAGCAAACAUCUGGCUAGCCGCAGUCACCAAGCAAAAUGUGAACGCCGCCAUGGUGUUUGAGUUUCUUCUGAAAAUCAUCGAUGUCAUGCAGUCAUACUUCGGCAAAAUCUCGGAGGAGAACAUCAAGAAUAACUUUGUACUGAUCUACGAACUGCUGGAUGAAAUCCUGGACUUUGGUUAUCCGCAAAACUCGGAUACCGGUGUGCUCAAAACGUUCAUUACCCAGCAAGGUAUCAAGACUGCCACCAAGGAGGAACAGGCACAGAUCACGUCCCAGGUGACAGGCCAAAUCGGCUGGCGCCGCGAGGGCAUCAAAUAUCGCCGUAACGAGCUUUUCUUGGAUGUGCUCGAGUACGUGAACCUGCUGAUGAGUCCCCAGGGGCAAGUUCUGUCGGCGCACGUUGCCGGCAAGGUCGUUAUGAAGUCGUACCUUUCUGGCAUGCCCGAGUGCAAAUUUGGCAUCAACGACAAGAUCGUAAUGGAAGCGAAGGGCCGCAGCGGCAUCUCCGGCAAUGCGGACAACGAAGCGUCCCGCUCGGGCAAACCGGUUGUCGUGAUUGACGAUUGCCAGUUCCACCAGUGCGUCAAGUUGAGUAAGUUCGAAACGGAACACUCGAUCAGUUUUAUUCCGCCGGACGGUGAGUUUGAGCUGAUGCGCUACCGCACAACCAAGGACAUUUCGUUGCCAUUCCGAGUGAUUCCGCUGGUGCGAGAGGUGGGCCGCACGAAAAUGGAAGUCAAGGUGGUGCUCAAGUCCAACUUCAAACCAUCGCUGCUGGGUCAAAAGAUUGAAGUCAAGAUUCCCACUCCGCUCAACACGUCCGGGGUGCAGCUGAUCUGCCUGAAGGGCAAAGCCAAAUACAAGGCGUCCGAGAAUGCCAUCGUAUGGAAAAUCAAGCGUAUGGCCGGUAUGAAGGAAACCCAGCUGUCGGCCGAGAUCGAACUGCUCGAAACCGACACGAAGAAGAAGUGGACCCGACCGCCGAUCUCGAUGAACUUUGAGGUGCCGUUCGCACCAUCCGGAUUCAAGGUCCGCUACCUAAAGGUUUUCGAACCCAAGCUGAACUACUCGGACCAUGAUGUGAUCAAAUGGGUGCGCUACAUCGGACGCAGCGGGCUGUACGAGACGCGGUGUUAAUGCUCCGCUUCUUUUUCGCACUGGUAACUCUUUUGACUUUCGAUAUUCGUUGUUUGUUACACAGCACAGGCAACCAUUAUGUGUGAGUGUGCGAUGGGUAUGUGUGAGAAGGAACUUUGUAAGUUUUUUCCAAGUACAUGCAAAUCUUUUACCAGCACCAGCUUUUUUGGCUUCACUUGAGUCCUCUGAUUGUGAAACUUACUGCGACUCAACGGCGUGAUGGAAAUGCUGUUCCACUCACACACCCUUAGCUGCGAAACAACUACACAUAGAUUAUACAAAGAUUUUUUCAUUGAAAUCGGAGGUAGGAGUCGUGGUACUAUUAUUAUUGAAAUAUUGGACAAAAAUUAAGAGUUAUCAAAGUAUCUAUAGGCUAUCAGCAACAACUCCUUAUUCUCGUUAUUAUGCUUAAACAACAUACUAUAUUAUAUGAACAAGUAUAAGAAUGGUAACAAUAAAACAAUAUGCAUAGUUCAUCUUGAAUGAAACAAAUUCGAUUUAAUUAGCGGAUUAGACCACUGAUUGAAAAAUGGGGGAUAGACUAUUGUAGUAAAAUGCGACAAUGUGAAGCGAAAAAGCCAAUAAAUGUUUCCACCUAUGAAAAUACUUUGAAUUUGCUCUAUAAUUUAUACACACGACUAUUGGCACAAACGUGAAUCUCAAAAACUGCUUUCGCGCUUUUAUUUCGUCCUCGAUGUAAAUACUGUUUUCUUUGCUCGUUUCGAAGCUUCCCAUAUGAUUCGCUCCUUCGGUGUCAAUCCAUUCCAUUAGUUUGAUUCUUUCUCGUUUUUUGCAAUUCAUCGUGAACAGUAGUCUGGUUCUCGAAACCAAUAGAAGAAACUAGUUAUAUGAUAAGAUUCGAAUCGAACUAAGGUGUAUGAUGUGUACAAAAGCGCAUAAUUGCAAGAAUCACACGCGUUAGGCAUCGUACACAAAUUACGUAACGCUAUAGGGGGAGGGGGGGGAGUCUGGCUUAGCGUUACGAGCCAUACAAAAUAUUUUUGGUUUUCAUACAAAAAGCGUUACAAGGGGGGAGGGGGGGAGUCUGAAAUCGCCGAUUUUAGCGUUACGUAAUUUGUGUACCAUGCCUUAUAUAGGACAUGUGCUAAACGACAGAAGAAGCGGAAGAAGUAUCUGCAUUUUCAUGAUCACGAGCAAACUGGAACAAAACAUAACAUAUUACGAUGAUAUUUCGCUAUAACCACUGGCCAUAACUAGCAUGAAUAUGCAAUGCAAAAUGUUUAAAAGAUACUACAACACUCUGCCGUAUUAGGUGUGCAUCACCGAUGUAAUUGUUUAUUAUUGGAGGGGUUUUUACGAUACCUUUUUGGUGUUAUAUUGUUCGACGUAAUGCCGUCUGACGUUCGGUCAUUGUUAUUGCUUUGAUAUACAGUAAUACCUAGGACAACUGAUAACAUAGGUAACAAUGUUUUGCUCAACGAUUUUUAUGUCGAAUAAGAUUAUACCAACUGAGGUAGAAACGAUGCAGAGAUCGCCUAAGCUAACUGAUCAACAAACGAGUUGGGGCGACUCGUAAUUUGAACUCCCAAAACAGUUAAAAUCGCUAUUUAUGUGCUACAUCCUCGUUUCCAUCCUUAUCAUUGUUAGUUUCAUUGUUACAAGAAGUUACAAUCGACAUAGGACAAGGGCGCAAUCAUCUGAACGUACAUUUAUUCAAAGGAAACGGAAUAGGUAGAAUCCCAGCACGAAUAUUAUUUACAUCAUUGAAAUCGGCAUAUUGAAUAUAACGGCGCCAGCUCGCUCCAAUAGCGUUACUGUCGUGUUGCAACAGUCGAACUUUGUUUAGGGCAACCAGCAAUAGAGAAAUACCUAAACUUCGAAAAGAUUUGACGAUUCCAUGUUGGUGACAAUGCCAAUCUUAUAUUUAGACCAAUACAAAAUUAUAUCCAAAAUUACCAACAUAAGAGCAUCGAUCGGCUGCAAAACCAUUUCUUCGUGAGAAGCAAAAUUGAGUACAUAUAGUCAUAUAAUUCAAACGAUGAAGAACAACACUGCUCUAAAUAAAAAAAUGCUUACUAUACCGAAAACGAGAAGAACUAUUGUUGGAUGCUGUACUACCCAUUGAAUAAAAUAGACAAAUAGACAUGAGAAGGAAAAUGACAUAGUAAUAUAAAUUGGGAAUAAACUCAUGAACCAUAGUUGUUGAAACUCAAA